UUGUCGGUUCGUUUGCAAGUUGAGUAUUUUAGGCUAUAACUGUUACAUAAAUAUAUACAUCACUCUCACAAUGGAGAACACUUCUGCAGCUGCCAUGGAAUUCAAUGCCACUGUAAGGGAAGGCGAAGUCCAAUCCAAGAUGCCCUUGAACUCUCUGGAGGUACAGGCUGUUACUAUUCUGCUUGCGCUGAUCAUAUGUGGAGUCGGCAUCGCGGGUAACGUCAUGGUAGUACUAGUCGUGCUCCGGACAAAACAUAUGGUGACCCCAACGAAUUGUUACCUGGUGAGUCUGGCUGUUGCGGACUUCAUCGUUCUCUUGGCCGCGGGUCUACCCAACAUCUCUGAAGUUGUCGCCUCCUGGGUGUAUGGUUACGCAGGAUGCCUCUGCAUCACUUACCUGCAAUAUCUGGGCAUCAACGUUUCCUCUUGCUCAAUCACUGCGUUUACCGUCGAACGUUAUAUUGCCAUUUGUCACUCAAUGAAAGCGCAAUUUAUCUGUACCGUGUCCCGCGCGAAGAAGAUCAUCGCGUGCGUGUGGAUUUUUACUUCUCUGUAUUGCGUUAUGUGGUUCUUUUUGGUGAAUACCAGUGAGACGGUGUAUGUCGAUGGGGUGGUGGUCAGGUGUGGCUACCGUGUCUCCAGAAACCUCUACAUGCCUAUAUAUUUCUUGGACUUUUCCUUGUUUUAUAUAAUACCACUUAUGUUGGCCACUGUGUUGUACGGUCUAAUUGCCAGGAUUUUGUUCAUGAACCCUCUGCCCUCCGACCUCAACGACAGAGCUGGUAAUUUGUCUGUUCAUCGAGGACGGACAAACAUAAAAAUGGGAGUCAGUCAAUCGAAUAGAGGGGUAGUCUCAUCAAGAAAACAGGUCACAAAAAUGUUGGCAGUGGUGGUAGUUCUGUUCGCCCUGCUCUGGAUGCCUUACCGGACGCUGGUGGUGGUCAACUCCCUCAUGGAUCCUCCAUACCUCAACACCUGGUUCCUGCUCUUCUGCCGCAUGUGCAUUUACGUCAACAGCGCCAUCAACCCCAUCAUCUACAACCUUAUGUCCCAGAAGUUCCGUGCCGCCUUCCGGAAGCUGUGUCACUGCAGGCGGCAGCCGCCGCCGGAGAAGGUGACCAGGUACAACGUUCAGGUGUACUACAGCGCCAUGAAGGACUCCCAGGAGAGCGCCAACGAUCGUGUCAGCGAGCGGCGGGACGUGAACUUGACGGACGUCAGCACCAUGUUUACUAUCGCCUGAGGUGUCAUUGCCAUCUUUUCUCAAAAGUACAUGCGUAUGAAAAUAAUGGUAUUGUAUAAGGUGUUCAUAACUUUGGCCUAGGUGUGCUAAUGUGUUUGUGGAGUUAUUAGUCAGCAUUAAAAAAAAAUAUUUUGCCCAUUACAUUUUGAUCGCAAAUGCAAAUUACAUUUUGAAUAAUAGGCUAUAGAAGUUGUCGCAGUGCCUAUGUACAUCCUAAUGUUGAUAAGUGGACUGUUAGCUUUUCUCUGGCCAUUCGUGGUGUUUAAAUACAUUUUUGUUUUACUCCAGACAGUUGAGGUGUGUUUUAUUGUAACAUUUGCAAUUUCUGAACAUUCAUGAAAACAGGCCUGCUCAGCUAGUUUGAAUUUGUCAGCAUGAGGAAUAUUUCAGUGCAGCGCAACAUGAUUCAAUGCGAUUGGGGUUGUUGCUCGCUUCUUGUGGGGAUUAUUUCUGAUGUGACUGAGCCCAGCUCCAUUGCUGUCUCAACAUUAUACAGUUAUGUGCAUUUAGUUUACAUUCUUAUGCCAUUCUUAGGCCACAUUUACAUGUGUCUUUUGGAUAUGGAUUUAUCCAUUUCUAUUGCAUCUGGAGGUAGCCUUGGUCUGAAUUUGCUGGUAUCUCAUCUAAAUAUAAACGGUCCAGCACACGUAUGUUACCAACAAAUUUUCUGACAAGUGAAAUCCCAUGGUAAGUGUGCAGGAAUCACGUGCCCCCCUUUUUGGAGGAUGUUGCUGUGGAAGGUGUUAUGAAAUGUGAUGUUUUGCUAUCAUUGUGAGCUCAUAGAUUUCCAAAUAAAUAAAAAAAUAGUAAAAUGUUUAGAUAGGAAAUCACAAUUUCCUAUUGUGGUGUUUAAAAUUGUCUUUAAAAAUCAGGAGCUUGUGUUUAAAAGGUGUUACAGCAAUUUUUAAAAUUAACCUAAAGCAAUGGUUUUCAUACUUCAACUAAAAUAUAUAGUCAAACAAAAUAGGAGAGUGAGACAGAAUACUGAAUGUGCCUGGUUAAUGUAAUUGUUACUGUAAUCUGAACUAUACCUGUCCAUUUUUGUAUACUUAUAUGCAUAUACUGUAUGCAUUUGUUUUGUGUAUGUGCAUUUGCUUGUAUAACUGUACAUAAUUUGGUUGAAUAGUUGUGGUUUUGUGCUGCAUUACGCAGAUAAAUAUGUUAGAAUUGGAAAAGCAUAUGAGCCAUUUUUAUUCACUUUAGAGAACAUAAUGUUCUUAGAGAGCAUUACAGAACAAGAGAAGCUGGGGGCAGAAGAAUGAAAAACGCUGAAUCACAUUCCAUCAACGCCAGUGUGGGAUCAGAGUAAUAUGUCAAGAGCAGUGAAAAUCAAAUGUGAUCAGAGUGGCUUCCACCUGUUUCCAUUCAAAAGUGUGUAAACACCUGCAACUGCUGAGGGCGUCAUGGCUACCCUGGUGUAUGGUGCCAGUGCCAUAUAAUGGUUAGGGAACUGGAGUUAUAACUCAAAGGUUUUGGGUCUGUUUCCCAGCUGGGAUGCUGCUGUUGCACUUUACCUGAGUUGCUUCAGGAAAUAUACUCCUUUCUAUGGAUUGUAUGUAAAAAAAAUUAAUCUAUGUGAACUAGUAUGGAUGAAGUAGCAUUUGAAUUGCAAGAUCUCACACCACCUGAGAUGCUGCUGUUGCACCUUUGAGCAAAGCGUUUAACCUGAAUUGUUUCAGUAAAAUACCCAGCUGUAUAAAUGGUCUGUAAAUAACACUGUAAACUGUCUGAGUGUUUGCUAACUGCUGAAAUGUAAUGAAAAUUCUCCAAUUGUUGGUUUGUAGAAAAUAAAAAGGCCCUCAAAAUAAGAGCUGAGCAUUAGUGAAAGAACAAAUUGUUUAUAGAAGCACGUUGUUGUAAUUGUUUUCAUUCUUCUAUAUUAAUUUAUACCCUUAUUCUAAUAGACCACUUAAGCUGUAAAUGCAAUUUUUGUCACAAAUUCCCCAAGUGUAGCAAUUCCAAUAUGAAUGAUAAUUAUUAGCUGCCUACUGCCUGUCAAGGGAUUGUAUUAAUUAUGUGUCCUGUCCUGCUUAUACCUGUGCACAGCAACAAUGUGAAUAGCCAGAG